AAACCUCAGAUGGGGCCGUGACUGAAAUGACUCAACAAUAACAAUAAACUUUGUAGAAGAAUUAUCUUGUAGGAAAAUACAUUUUGUGUCGAAACAAAGUGUGUCAAUAACAUUCAAAAAAUAAAAUCUAGAUGAACUCCAUGUACCCCAUUCUUCUGAUAUACUAGUCUGCCAGCCUGCCUUGUACAGUUCAGCCCUCUUCUAGUUGAGCCUCCUCUUCCACUCAUGGAGCCAAGAUACACAAAGGUGAGCCAUCGACGAGCAGAAAGCCCAGUCACUUACUGCUGCAGGUUAUAGAAUCCGGUGCUUUGAUAAAGCAGAUAUUCGCUUUUAUACAGCUGUCAACUAUCAAAUAAAACGUUAUGUGAAUGACCAAUUUCAAACAAUCAGAGCCCAGUGAAAAUCCCAAAACUAAAUUAGAGUCAUCAUAAUGAUCAUUUAAUUGCCUUGAUGGUUGAGUAAGGUGCAGCAUUAUCAUAUGAAUGUGAAAUUAUCACUUACCUUCUAAAUACCAGGUAAACAUUCGGGUUGACAGAAUGCUAGAGAAAUAGCCUAUUAUACAUAAAAAGUAUUGAAAUAGAGACAAAUCGAAUUAGAUUAUGCGUCUUGCGUGGAUGAGCUGUAUGAAUAGCAUGGCAGCAAAGAUACUGUGCACACGUACAUUGUUCACAGUCACUUGGCCACCUAACAGCUAUAUCUAGCUCGAAAUCAUAAUGAUCUUUAUAUACUUUUGCAUAUACAAGCUCAGGCUUUCUAUUCUGCUGAGUCCUUCAACAGGAAGGACCAAAAACCACCUAUGCCUUCUUAAUACAGUAAGAUCCUUCAUGUCUUCCCAUAAAUCUAUCACAGGGGAUCCACCUCACCCCAGGCCCUUAACCCAAAGGGUAUAGAAGUGACCCAUUUGUCCAGAAUGUUUUUCCAUUAGUACCGACUUGUAUCGCCAUAGUCCUUGUACAUGCUGUUCUUUUUCACUCCACGUUACUUUAUCUGAUCACUACAUUUUUGUCCUAGGCUAGGGCUUGGAAGUGGGAGGUGGAGGCUCUGGUCCUGGAGUCGGGGACCUUGGAGCAUAGAGCCCUGGCUGUGGAGAUGGAGGCUCAGGUCUGCAGGCCCUGUCAGUGUAUUGGGUCCUGGAUAUCCAGGGGUGAUUUGAUAAGACUUGACUUCAGUGGCUCAGAGUAAGGGAAGGGGAGACUUCCUUGGAGAUUUAAAACUCAUAUUUAAUGUACUUAAAAGUUGUUACUAUUUCUAGAUGGUCUAAAAACUAUGUUAUUCUUUGUAUACUGUUUCUUUUGAAAAGAAGGUGUUUUGUUGUUGCCUGGCUGUAGUUUGCAAGUGCCUUCUUCCUCCAAGGAACUCCUUCCUUUAACAAAAAAAAGUACCAGAUUGACCAUAAUUGACAAUAGGUGCCUUAUUCUGCUCCCAUAAUCUACCCCUGCUCAGCCAAGAGUGGGCUUUGUUAUCAGUCUUCUCAAGUCGGUUUUAGUCACAGCUUUGUGACUGUUUUUUCUUACUCUUUGCAUUAUUGUGGCUUCAAUAGGUUAACUUGUUUUCUUGGCUCAUGUGAUGGAAAUGCCUCAGAACCUUCAUUUUAAGGAAGCCAGCCAGGCCAGCCGGGCCUUUGUGCCCCUUCAGGCUGUCCCCCUGUCCCCAAGGUCUGCCCAGUACACACCUUCUUCCGCCAAGCCCAUGUGCAUGUUGUCCUUCCUCCUCAGGGCAGGCAGAGUCCUUGUGCACGGAGCUGUGGGGCUUGGCCAGGGCCUAGCCCACAGAAAGGGCUUCAUAAGUGCUGGCUGGUUUGGAUUGACUUAGUUUCGCUUCUUUUGUCCUGUAUUAAUUCUUGUCUCGUCCCAAGCUUCCCUGGAUUUAAUCAGCCAGCCAGCUUGUGUGCCACGGGGGUACUGGGGGGCAGUGGGCUCACAGCCGGCUCAGACACUUAGGAGCUGUGUGUCCCUGGCCAAGUCACUCACCCCCGUUUACCUUAGAUCCUCGGCUAUAAAAUGAGCUGGGAAAGAAAAUGGCCAAACGCUCCAAAGUCUGGCCCAACAAACAAAACAGACAGGGUCAUGGAGAGUGGGACAGGCCUGAACAGCCACAAUGUAUCGGGCCUUGUACCAAGGGCCGAAGAGACAAGGACAAAAAGAAAAGUCUCUCAGCCUUCCUCCGACCACGUCCCUUACCCGCCUUCAGGAUAAAGUAGGGCAAGGCUGUCCCAGAAUCCCAGAGGUCUCUGGCCCUAGAGUAAUCUCUCUUCGCCUUGCGGUCUGAGGCCUGAGAAGUUAAGGCUUGUGCCUUAACUCGUGAAGGGACAGAGGUGGGAGAAUUCUGAACCUGGGUCUGGGAGGGAGGCUGUGACAGCCCAGCCUCCCUACUUCCAGCCUGGCUUCUUCCCACGUGAGCCACAUACCUUCCACGCCUUUCUUUGUUCCUCUUUGACUAUUAACCGGCUCACAGCUGACUCAAGCCUGACACUUUUGAAAAUGAUUUAAAAAAAAAUUUAUUAAGCACCAUCUGUUUAAGGGAGGAAAUUAUUUUCCCAUUAAGCAGAGGGAGUAGUUUAAAGCUUAGUAAUGGCUGCUUCAGAGGACUGGGAGACUACUAAAAGAGUCAUGAAAGUGGAGAAUGUGCAGUGCAAUUUUAUGUAGCCAUAAUUGUUGGCCAUAUGUAUGAUAAGGAUCUGUUAAAAUUGCUUAUUAGCUCUCUCUCCCUGCCUUCCCGGGCAGAUCUGAGGACAGGAAGCUAAAAUAAAGGGGAAAAUGCUUUGUGAAGAGAAAUCUGUCCCAAAUGAGCCAAGAUUGAGAAAAACUUAAAAGUGUUGGGCCAUCAUUUUGCUCAAAUUUUCUUUGUUUGCUUAAGAGGGGGUCGACUGAAGAGGACGAUCGAUCCUCUGAUACCUGCAGUUCUUGAUGUUCUAGUACAAGUGAUGGGAGAGUAGAAAUGAAGAGCCGUUUCUGGCAGUGAGAGGGGCGCUGUGUAGAGCACUCAGCAACAGAUGGAUAUAUGGGGGGAGGGAGAUUGUGAGCCAAGGCGACUGGCAGGCUGCUGGUGCCCUUGGCGAUGAUAAUGGGGGGAUAAACAAGAGGGGAAGGUUGGGCUGAUGAAUUCAGUGCUGGACAUUCUGAGUUUAAGAGGUCUAGGACAUUUCCCUUCGAAAUGUCUGGUAGGCCAUGGGAUCAGUGAGAGCUAGACCAAAGAUGUAAGAGUCUGGCCCAACCAGAUUGUAAGAAUGUAAGAAUCAUCUGCUGUGGAAUAAGUUGAGAAACCAUGAGAGUUGAUGAGGUCAUUGAGCAAAAUAAUAGCAAAAGAGAGGAUGAGAGGGGUCCAGGGCAGCCUUCAAGGCUCUUGCAGAAGACACUGAGAAGGAGUGACGUGACAGCUAGGAAGAGAACCAGGAUGUAGCUGACCCACCGAAAACUAGAGAGAAAUCAGCAUUGAGAGCUGACAAGGUCGGAGGCUGCGGAGAGGACCCAAAGGGUGAAGGCAGAAAAGGCCAUGAGAUUCGGGAGGAGGGGUUGCUUUGGAGCUGAAGGACGAGGUCAAGUUGUAGAAGGUUUAGCAGAGAGCCAGGAGAAAAGUGGAGGCGCCUGUUAGAGAUCGCCUCCUCAGAAUCAGCCAGAAAAGGAUGGGGAAACGGGGAUCUCGUUAGUGGGCAGGGAGCUUGAGGAGACCCAGGCAAGAAAGCAACCAGGAGUUGGGGGGAAGCAGGAAAUCAAUAAGGAGUGCUCUCCAGGAGAAGUCAGAUGGAACAGCGUCGCCAUGCGUAAUUGUGGCAAGGAGAGAAAAACCAUCUCUUUGGGUCAAGAGUGGAAGGAGAAGAUGGGGACCAAGGGGAGAGGAGGGAUGGUAUCGAUUCCUUUUUAGCAAAAUAUAAGACAAGUUCCUCUUCUGAGAGGAUGGGGGAAGGGAGGCGAUAGGAAUUUUGAGGAGGGAUGAAGAGGGUUGGAAGAACCCCAGUGGUGAGUGGGAUAAUGAAUCAAAUCGGGAGGUGUGAAAGGUUUGCCCCGAAAAGGUAGCAGAUUUGUAGUGGGUUCCAUCAGCGUGGUCUCCAGCUCGGUUCAGUGGCGAAUGAGUAGAAGCACAAGCAGCAAAUGGUCCAGGGUUGAGGCUUGGCUGGUGACAAGAUAAGGAGGCCAGGGGCUUGAGGACAAAAAUUAGUGUAGAGUUGAGCUGUUUUACAAAGUGCAAAGAUGACAUCUUGGGAAAGAACUGAGGGGCAGAAGGAGUGGAGAUCGAGGAUGAAGGGGCGGUGGGGGUCAUGAGGCAGAGGGAAAGACAGAAAAAUCAAAGAUUAUGAUCAGAUACCGGAAAUUUGGAGUUCUUGAAGUUGAACGUUUCAGCUUGGGGGUGACAGCAAGACAAAGGGUAUGUGUGCUCCUCACUGUGUGUAGCCAAGGUGGACAUGAGGAGUCAUGGGAAGGGAAUAAUUUGAAGAAUUGAGGAUUUCGUCAUUUAUUUAGUCAUUCAUUCACUUAUAAUAAAUUAUCAAAAAGAAGGCAAAAGAUCUCUGAAAAGGAGAUAAAUUUGUCAGUGAAGCUUCCUAUUGGUUUGCUCUCCACAUCAUUCUCUCUUCCUGAUGUAUUAUAGUCUCUCUCUCCCUCUUCUUCUCCAUCUCCUCUCCCAGAAAACCCCAUCCAAGCCUAAAAUCAAUGAUGAUGUUAAUCUCAUAUCCAUGAGCUCCGAUUUCCAGCAUUACACUUUCAGAAUGCCUAACAUCGGGUUCCAGAAUCUGCCUCUCAACAUAUACAUUGUGGUUUUUGGCACUGCGAUUUUUGUCUUCAUACUUAGUUUACUCUUCUGUUGCUACUUAAUCAGGCUAAGACAUCAAGCCCACAAAGAAUUUUACGCCUACAAACAGGUUAUAUUAAAAGAAAAAGUAAAAGAGCUGAAUUUGCAUGAGAUCUGUGCUGUCUGUUUGGAAGAUUUCAAGCCCAAAGAUGAAUUGGGUAUCUGCCCGUGUAAGCACGCCUUCCACAGGAAGUGCCUCAUCAAGUGGCUGGAGGUCCGGAAAGUGUGCCCACUGUGCAACAUGCCGGUGCUGCAGCUGGCGCAGCUACACAGUAAGCAGGACCGCGGCCCCCCCCCGGGCCCCCUCCCUGGGGCCGAGAACAUAGUCUAGCCCGCCCCCAGGACGGACUCGGACACACGAUAUCGCAGAGAACCCCAGGCGGAGGGCCGCUCGCCCCUGAACCGGCCGCCCCCGCGCAGAUGCACCAGUGAUCCCCGGCCCUCCCAAAGAGCUGCUCCUUUGGGUCCCGAAGCCACCGGAAGCCUCGGCCGCCCGCCCACGUCCUGGCACGGAGGGCCCGCGGGUGGGGGGUCCCGUGUGCGGCCCCAGCCCCUGUGCCCACCCAGAGUUUGCCUUGGAUAAGCAAGUGGGUGAUGGUAAGUGUGGCAGGAGGGACUGUGGGCUGAGCCUCGGGGGCUGGACCCCUGGACCACCAGGUCAACCCCCCCCCAGAGACCAAGCGUGAAGCUCCCUGAGCCGCCAGAUGAGCCGGCCCGCUCCAGACCCGCUGGCAUCCUGAUCCUGGAUCCCCAAAUCCCGUGGUUCUGAUGAAAAGCCCGGAGCCGCUGUGGGCCGGAUUGGGCAAGGCCCAGGGGAGCGGUGACUGCGCCACAGCCCUCGGCACUGGAUUGUCACCGGUGGUCAGACAGUGAGGAGCCGGAGAAAGAGCAUGGGUGGUCAGCACUGCCCAGCCAGGCGGCGGCGGGUUCUCCCCGGGACUUCCUGCUGGCCCGAACUGAGUAACAGGACUUGGGGUGGGGCAGCCCCGAGACCCAAGGGCAGGAGGGAGCAUCCGGACCGGGUCGUCACCCUCCCCAAUGACUCAGUAAGCCCACAGUCACCAAGCCUCCGGGAGCUGGGCCGCCAGCGGAUAGACUAGUGGCCGUGCAGCCAGAUUGGACACCAGCGCCCCUGAAAGUCAGCCCCCCAAAAGAAGCACCUGCCUACCCGAUCCCAGGCUCAGCCCACAACUGUUCCUCCCGUCUGUCCUCCCCAAACCCCUUUGUCUGACCCCAGUUCUACCCAUCUCUUGUCCUUAUUAGAACAAACGGUUCUUGAGUUUCCAGUUAGCUCUGAGGCACUGCUCUGAAAACAUCCCACGGUCUGUAUUUUUAAAAAUAUUUGAACUUGUAAAUAUUGUAUUCAGCAGCCCAGGAUUAAGGAGCCCACGAUUGUGUGUUUAGUUUUGUACUUGGCUCUGGAAACAUUAGCAAAAAGCCUAUUUAUAGAAGCCAUAGAUGGCUUUGUCUCUUGCACUCACAGACUUUUGUAGAAAUGACCCAAAAGUAGCUGAUCUUUGGGGGGUACCAGAAUAUGUUGUAAAUUAGCUCUUAGAAAGAAGCGAUGGCCCUAGCGGCUCUUCCCCACGGCCCAGCCCGGCCCCUCACAUAACUUCGGCAAGGCCUCCGUGUCCGGGAAGGCUGCUCUGCCUGUAUCAUGUCCCACACCUGCUGGAACAUGGCGGGCCAAGACUGAACUAAAGCAAAAGAUUUCAUCCUCAAGUGCUUCCCGCUGGUGCCCCCCCCUCCCCACCAUCCACUAGAAAUCAGAAAGGGAUUCCACCGGUUAGGGGGCUAGAAAAGGAAAAUGGAAACUGCAGUUGUGGGGAGCCGGCGGACUCCUCCCCCGGUCUGAUCUGGGGGGUUCUGUAGGUCCUGUCCGGGUUCUCGAACAAGGGAGUGGAAGGGAAGGCUAUUUUUAUAGUAGAGCUAAAUUUAACCUGCUGGGCUCCAUGCUUCUUUUCUGAGCCAUUAAUGGAAAGGAUACCAGUUAUAAGUACUCCCGCCUCCCUUCUGACUUAUCUAUUCCUUUUCUGCAUCUCUGGCAGUCGUUAAGUGCCGGGAAACCAAUAGAUUUGCCUGAACUUUGGUAAAACAGGUUUACAGUAAAAUAUUUUUAGUGACCAAUGUCAAAAGAGAAUAUUGGGCUUGUCUCUGGAUCUGUACAGUUCAGUUACAUUGUUUACAGCCUAGGAUUUUCCAGGAACAUGGGACAGCUUUGGAAUAAGUGCCAUUUCUUCCAUAUGGGGCCACGAUCAAAACAGAAGUCAGAAAUCUGGGGACCGUGAAGCUUUUAGCUUGUGCUCCCGUCCCCUCCAACCCCAAUCUGUAGGACUACCCCCUUGGGGCCGUUGCUCUGCUUCUUUGAGUAGGGACCUCAGCAAGGGACUUUUUUUAAGGGCAAAACAUUUUAGUCCAAUAUCUCAAAUAUUCUUUCCAGCUGAAAGUCUGUUCAGACAUUGACUCUAUAAUUCCAACUUAGCUCCGUCGACCGAGGGCCAAAAUAACAAAAUCAAAAUGUCUUCUCAUUCACAGAUCGGAAAGGAGUCCAGUUGGGUACAAAUGUCCCAACAGACUCCACCUGGUGUCUGUACUGUUUGUUUACACUAAUUGUCUAAGCAGAAAGUCGGCACUGUCCCCACGAAUCCAUCCUGACAUUAGUCAAUAAGCAAAGUGGAUGAUGUUAAGCAAGCGAUUGAUCGGAAGAAAUCUUGCCUCUGCUUAGUCAUCCGCUCCUGUAAUGGAGUUUGAGGACCCAGUGCCAAAAGCCAGUCACUUCUCCCAGCCCCUUAAGCCUGGUGACUUGUGACCCUGACCUAGUGGAGAACGGAGGUAUCCAGCCCGUAGUCUGCGAUGGGAGAGACCCUCUGGGCCAAGCCAACGGUCCUUGCUCAAAGACCUCCCAGGGGCAUUCCCUGCUCGUUCCGGACCGGUCCUGAUAGAAAUACUAAGUGAUCGUGCGCUCCGGCCAGAACAAUACAGAACGUAGUUGUAGGUGUAGUUGCACGUUUGGCACCAGUAUUAAAUCCAAGAAGGAGAAAGAAGGAAUGAGAAAAGAAUCCCUUUGAUCCCUGAAUCAAGCUGAAAGCCCUGGAAGUCACUGGCCGCUCCCCAUCUCUUGGUGAAGAUCCAGGGGGAAGUUUAGGCCUUUGGGGACUUUUGCCUAUUUACCCAUCAAUGAUUUUUGUGUUUCUAACUGAAAUAUGAAGAAAGGAAGCUGAAAAAUUGGACUUCAUUGACCCGUCGCCAGCCACUCACUCGCCUUCUCCAGCUGCUGACCCGGAAUCUCUUGUACUCACUGGGACUCAGGGACAGGGCACAGGAACCCGCGGCCUUUGAUGCUGGGCCUGGGAGGCAGCCCGGGGCUUCCCGGCUUUCUUAGCUGCAGAACCUGUAGCAUUUUCCACUUCCUCAGAUGAGACCCGCCAGGAGGGAUUUAGGGACAGAAUAAACGAAAUGAAAGUGUAGGCAGCACCACCUCCUCUUGCCGGGUCAUGCUGGGCUCCCUGCCCUCCGAGGGCUUACGUUCUAAUCAUGGAGCCCACACCUGGAGCGUUCGGUCUGGAACAAGAGCCCACGUGUGUUUCCCUCGUGAGCCCCCCAGGCCGAGGACUAGCUGGCCUCCCCUGUCAGGUUAUUACCACCACGAUCAGACCGCUCCAUGACCUGCAGGGGUGGCCGGGGGUGGUCACUGUGCCAGCGGGCUCCCAGGGCUGCCCGUGAGGAGCGCCUGCCGCUGUCGGCCCUCAGCCUCCCCCCUCACCGCCCCAGCCCGGCCAUGGCUCUGAGCUCUCCGGGCUGGCUGACUGUGAGCCCUCUCUGGGAGGGGAGAUGGCUCCCCUUCCCAGCCACGGUCAGUCCAUCUGGAACCGCAGAAUCGCUCUUGAACCACAUUCCUUUCCAGCAAGACAGAUCCUCGGUUACGACAUAAUGGAAUUCCUUGUUUCUAGACAAACGGAACCUUCCACUCCCUCCCUCACCCUCGCCAUAAAAGCUGAGAUUUGACCUUUUAAGUGCCCAACCAACCAGAGAUGGGACGUGGACUCAUCAGGGCCCUCAUGUGGCCCGGGCCCAAGUCAGCCAAACCAUCCCCUUCCCCGACCGCCCUUGCUUUAGCCGGACCUUUUCCAUCCUUUCUCCUCAUCACCUCCUUAGAGAAGCUGGAGCCCGGGGGGCUUGGGGAGGAAGGGCCCCGUGGCUUGUGUCGGGCUGCCAGAGACGGGCGCUCCUUCCCUGAGGAGGGGCCGGCGCGGGGAGAGCCAAUUCCUCCUCCAGCCGGCGAGUGGGGAAGGCCCAGGCUCCUAGUGGCGGCUAAACCGGCUGUAAUUGUGGAGAUAGGAUUGGAAAGCGGAUCCCUUGACAGCACAUCUGGUGCACGGCCACUGGGCCGGCCGCCUCUGGCCACCCAGAGCCACAUGCAAAGUUCCCCUCCCCCAGCCCCCACCUCCUCGUCUUUUCUGAGUCCUGGCCCGGCCCUGGGCCAAAAGCACUUGAAUCCUGAGCCUUGAAGCUGAAACUUGAAAGGAAAGGCUCGGCAGAAGCACUUUUCAGAUCCUUUCAGACUUUAUUCCCUCCAUCCCUCCCUCUCUCAGACCCACAUCCUGAGUCACUAACCCUUUCCUUACCCAAACUGCAAACAAUCGUUGGGGAAAGGAGGGGUGUUGUGCAGGCUUUAUGCAAUGAACUUUGUCCCCGGUGGCUUUGGGGGAGAAUCAGUCGCUGCUUUUUUUUCAUAAACGACUCGGACGCUUACUCCCGGUUCAGAGUCUGUAAAAAUAUCUUGAAAACUACGUAUUUGGGAGUUGAGAUUUAGGAUCGAGGUUUGUUACAAGUCGUUCUCAUCAGCGUUAUUUGUCUCCCGUCUUCAUGGGUGAGUGGCCAAGAACCCUAACAUCGGAACCCCCAGAAGGAACCAAUUUCUCCUAGAACCGAACCCCUCAGACGUCCCUGGGACUUCUGACCGCCCCAGUCCUGGGGCUGCCCGGGGCCUGACGCCAGCCCUUCUAGCCUUUGGGCCUUUGGGCCCCCAAUCGGUGCCAUCCGGUUAGCUGGGCGCGGGGCUCGGCCUCCUGGUCAGUCCCGCCAGAGGCCCGGGCACUGCUGCCGGCGGCUCUCCCACCAUGCCCGCUGUUUCUCAUUUGCUGACCCUCGGGAUGGCUGGAACGCCCUUCUCCUUUAACAAUGAUUGAUCGCCAGGCAAGACAUCCAGUAUUAACGGGUGGAGAGACUGAAAGUCUCCCGUGAAAGAAUAAGGCAGCCCCGACCCCGGGAAGGGGAGCCCGGCCAGCCGCCGCUCCGGUGCCUCGGCGCGAGCUGGUCUCCCCACGGCGCGAGCUGGUCUCCACGCGGCGCUCGCCGCCCCUGGGUGAUCCAAGUCGAUAUCGUGUAACUCCUGCGAAAGUUUGUGAAACUCUGAGCCUCUGGUUUCAUAGACAUAUUUAUACACUAAGGAUUCUGCAGCAGAAUAUUUUUGAAAUCAUUCGCUGUUUUUGUAAGCUAUAUUUUUGUAUAUUUAAUUGCUAUUUUAAAAUUCUAAUGCAUCUUUUGCUAAUCACAUCCUUGUUUUGAAAAAAUAACGUUUGCAUGUGAUUGACUUGAAAUGUAAAUAAAAGCAGGUUUUGAAAAUA